UUCACCGGAAGUACAAAUAAUUGCGGAAGUGCCGUAUACAGCGGCCUUUCUAAAAGGAAAAGUUGUAAACAUUGUAAGUUGGAGUUCCUGAAUAUUAUUAAAUAUAUUGUUAUUGAGUAGGCGUUUGUAUCGUGUCAGUUUUGUGUAAUGGCAACACUAGUUAAUCUCUGUUGCUAAAGUUUUAUGUUUUGGAAUACUGUUGAAUGAACGACUGUCGUGAUUGUAUUCCGGUCAGAUAGUUGUACGUCUAAAGAAACAAUGCCCAUAUGGACACUUUUAGACAACGUUUGAGGUUCGAGAAGAACGAUGUGGAUGUGAAACUAAGGACAAGAAAGUCGCUGCUUUACUUAAAAGAAGAUCAUGCUCCUCUUAGAAAUGAUGUGCUGAGAGUUGCAGCAUUUUCUGUGACGUUCCGGAUCAUUAACUGCUUCCUAGUUCAGAGCAGCUUUGUUCCAGAUGAGUACUGGCAGUCUCUGGAGGUCGCCCAUCACAUGGUCUUCAAUUAUGGCCAUCUGACCUGGGAAUGGAAAGCAGGCCUUAGAGGCUUCACCUAUCCUCUCAUCUUUGCCUUCAUCUACAAACUACUAUACUUCAUAAACUGUGACUCUGUUUAUCUCUUGAUAUGGCUGCCUAGAGUCUUUCAAGCGCUCCUCGCUGCAUUUGCAGACCUCAAGUUCUUCUUCCUCAUGAGAACACUGGAGGGUAGACAAGUUGCAAAAUGGACGGCCUUCUGCCAGCUGUGCUCGUGGUUCACAUGGUUCUGCUGCACCAGGACGCUGAGCAACAGCAUGGAGACCAGCAUCACUUGCAUGGCGCUGUCCUACUUCCCUCUGUCUGCAUCCCAAGCACACAGCAGCAAAAAAUAUUUGACCCUUGUUGCCCUAGCGAUCAUUGUUCGCCCCACGGCCCUGAUUGUCUGGCUUCCGCUGUUGAUUUACCAUUUCUGGCAGGAGGAAAACAAACUGAGACUAAUUGCUCAUGACUACAUCCCUAUUGGGGCCUCAGCUGUUGUGAUCUCAAUCGUAAUCGACUGCAUCUUCUACGGAAAGUGGACCUUUGUGCAGUUCAACUUCCUGAAGUUUAAUGUCUUCCACGGCGUGGCAGACUUCUAUGGCUCCCACCCCUGGCACUGGUACUUCACGCAGGGCUUCGUGGUCGUGAUGGGCCCACAUCUCCCGUUCUUUCUUCACGGAUGCUGCCUGGCUUUCAGAAGAUACAGAAUCUUGCUAGUGGCAAUUUCAUGGACUAUUGGCGUGUACAGUGUGCUUCCUCACAAGGAGUUUAGAUUCAUCUACCCUGUGCUUCCCUUCUGUAUGAUAUUUUGUGGAUUAUCGAUGGCUCAUUUAAGAGCGUGGCGACGAACAGCUGCAUGUGUUUUGGUAGUGACCAACCUGCUCGCUGCUCUCUACACGGGGCUCAUUCACCAGCGCGGCGCUCUGGACGUGAUGAGCCACCUACAGACACUUUGCCACAUCUCAGAGCAGCCACAGCCGUACAUUCUCUUCCUUAUGCCCUGCCACUCCACGCCUUUCCACAGUCACAUCCACUGUCCACUAAGGAUGAGGUUCCUGGAGUGCCCACCUGAUCUUGGUGAAGGGGCUUAUAUGGACGAAGCAGAUGGAUUCUAUAGUGACCCUCUUCGCUGGCUCACAACUUCCUUUCCACACAAGUCCUCAGGCCCUACUCACUUGGUUCUGUUUGACGUUUUAGAAAAGGAAAUCUCCGCAUUUUUACUCGAGAAUAACUUCACAAAGACCACAGAGAUGUUUCACACUCAUUUUCCCUCGGGAAGAGUUGGAGGAAGUAUUUUUAUUUAUGAAAGGCACUGACAACCACUGGAACACAUCUUUUAGCCACUAUGUCUGAUAAUGUGCAUUAGCUGCUGAAAAUACACUUUAAACGCCAUGCUUGUGAUACAACUUCACUUCUUUCCUAUGAAAUAAACCCACCAAAUUAAUGAUGCACUAAAGUUUGGUGUGAACUUUAAAAAAAAAAAAAAAAUUUCCCCUCCCUAAAUCACUAAUAAAAAAACAAAAAUGUUCCAGUUGAGAUGAAACAAAAACAAGAGGUGGAAUGUUAGAACAGCAUCACACCUCACACAAGCUUAAAGAAGCUGACAAUUCUAUAAAACACACUGGGCAACGCCUCCCUGUUUUGUUUUUGACUUUCCACACCCGCUUGUGCUGCCAAAAGUAAAAUAUACAUUCCUGGUUAAAAUUGUUUGUCCUGGGCUAAGGCUACGUCUCAGUUCAGUUGUUACAAAUGUUACAAGAGGCUUCAAGCUAUCUGGCGUCAAGAUGAACAUUGUACUUGUCACCAAUUAUAAAGAUUGCAGUGUUCAACUUUCAAAGUGUGCAAUAGCAUUGUCAAUAAUAGUCAUUCAAAAUGUGCCUCAUCGUUGAUCUAAUAUUUUUAGAAACACUUACUCAGUAGGAAAGAUCAUUGACACAAUAACAAAGCAAUAUCAUGGUAUUGCCAGCACACCACAGCUCUGAUCAAAUAACUCUAAUGUUCUUCUAGCACCCCCGAGCGGGCAUGUUUGCAUUGCAUAUGUCACGGGUGUAAAAGUACAGCCCAGGGAUAUUUUGUUUUUUUGGCCUUUGCCACAUUAAAAAAUGAUUUUCUAAAAUAAGAUGGAUUAUUACAUAUUACACUUAAAGGCUAAGACUGAGUCGGUUUUAGCGAAUGAACAAUUUGUGAUUGUUUUGUCUGUGGGACAGAUUUUCUUAAAAUAUUGUCACGUUUUGAGC